GUUAUACACCAAUGACGCAGUUCAGAAAACUGUGUUUAAAUAGUUCAAUGAUGUUGCUGGAGCAAACAGAUCUUAUUUUGAUAAAAUUGAAUUGUCGAUUUUGAACUGUUGUAGGCAACUCUUUCCACAGGAAGAUUCACACAAAAUGAUAUCUUAUCAACACCUUUUUAUCAUCUUAUGUGUGCUCUAUCUACUCUUUCAGAUAGUGAAAAUGGAUGAAACAUGUUAUCGUAAAGAGGAUCGAGAUAUAUACGUAAAUGAGAAUGGAUAUCUUACUCGCCCUAUCAACCAUGGAAUGAAUGAAAAGAUGUCCGAGAGUAUUAAAAAAGGAAUGAAAGAGAGUACAGUUGAAAAGUGUUUCAGAAGUACUCAUAUAACGUUUCAUGAUUAUAUACGAUUGUCGAACUUUGAGUUGGCAGCAAAUAAAGAAGGAAAGUGUUUCCCGGGCUGCCUUCUACACGAAAUGCAUCUGGUGGACGCAAAUUACAAUCCCCGAACUGGAGUUUUAUGUUUAGUGAGAAUGCUUUCUCCUGUAAUAACAUCAUUUGUAAAGAGUUAUAUGUUCUAUGCGAAAGAUAAACGCAUAUAUGGAAGUAUCGAACCUUCAAAAUUUGUGAAAAGCAUUAUAGACCUCGGAUUAUCCUGUCUAGAGCAAGGAAAAAAAGAUAACAAUCAAGACAAAUGUGAAUCAAUGAAUUCGUUUAUGGAAUGUAUCAUACAACAUAGAUCAUUUGAAAAAAUAAAAGCUGAUUCCUUGGCGGUAAGAAAAAUAAAUUGUGAAUACGAGAAGAAUAGAAAUGCAGAAUAAAAAAAGAAAGGCAAGGAUCAACCAUCAAAGUUGUAGGUUGGAAAACAUGAGUGUGUCUGUUGUGAAACACAAGCAUAUCUAAAAUUUGAAAAAUAUAUUCAUUUUGAGAAAUAAAAUUUGUAAAACAAGAAUGCAUGUGUAUAAAAAUUUAUAUCAUCUUCUAUUU